AUGGAGAACUUCGACGAUGCUGAGACCCUGGUGCUGGGUGCGCACCUGGCAGAAGGCGAUGCCCCUGAGGAAGGUAAGGUUGAUGAUGGCUUAUUGGACUUGCUCGGAGACGCCUCGGCAGAAGCAACAGCGUCAGCAGACACGGUGCCAGGUGCAACACCUGGUGAGAGUGUUUUGGACAUGGCCGAGGAAUUGACGCCGGAGCCUGAUGAUGAUGUGAUGGCUGCCGCCGCGGCCGCUGCCGUGACCGCCGCAGCGGCGGCCGCCGCGGCGACCGCCGCCGCGGUGCCUGAAACUACAGGUGUGAAAAGAGCUGCUACGCAGACAUUGGACUUGAACUUGGACGUGAUGGACACGGACAUGCACGCAGGUCCCGUGUCCGAUGAGCACACAGGGGUGUUGUCUUCGGUGAAUUUUGCCACCGCCACAGACAUUGUGCUGAAGUGCGAUUGCCUGUCCGUAGGCAGAGACGAGUCCAAUUUCGCGACCUUGACUGAUCCGCGAGUCUCGAGCGAGCAGUUUCGAGUCCACCGGAAGACUGUUGGAGCUGCCGGGCCUCCGUGGAGCUACGAACUGGAGGACUGCUCCAGAAACGGCACUCUGGUGAACAAGAAGCUGGUCCGAGGAGUCAGGAUUGCCUUGAAGGAUCAGGAUUUGGUGGAGGUGCUUCCAGCUUCGAAGGUUGGGCAAGCUGCAGCCAUCGCGUUUUUGUUCCAUUCUCCAGAUGCUGAUGUGCCUGAAGGUCCACCGAAGAAAAAGAUUCGAUUAGAAGGCGACUCAGCCUGCGGCAAGGGCGGUGACGAGGCCAUCUUUGAGGGCGCGAUGUGUGCAAUCUGCCAGGAGGUGAUGCACCGUGCCACCAGUGUACAGCCAUGCAUGCACAGCUUUUGCAGCUCCUGCUUGGGUGGCUGGUUGAAGCGGCCUGGCGACCGAAUUCCCAGGUGUCCAAUCUGCCGACAAGGGGUCGCCGGAGUUGGCAAGAAUCACGCGCUUGACAGCAUGAUCGAGGGUCUGCUGAAGGCACAUCCUGAUCGACAGCGUUCAAUCGCAACAAUCUCUGAUCUGGACAGUCGCGAUCCGCUUCACGACUGCGGCUACGACCUGCUGAAGCUUCGUGGGCCUGGUGAUGUUGCUGCAGGUAUGGCACGCAUGGUAGUGGCUGCAGCAGCUGCUGCAGAAGCAAUGGAUGCAGAAGAUUCUGAGCAUGAGCACGAGUCAUAUUCGGAGGAGGAAGAGGAGGAGGAGGCACAUGCCUGGACUGCACCAGGAGCUCUGCGACCCGCCUGCGUCCAUUGUGGAGUCCCAGCCUGGCAGCCCUUGCGUGCGGCCGUGGACCUCGGCAGCUCUUCACCCCUUCCAGCCACCGCGCUGAUGAAGUCAGCGCUGGCCAGCAACGCCUUCGAGCAGGAGAUCUUGCAGGAAUGGCUCCACAGCAAAGGAAUGAGCCUUCAACAGGCGAUGCAAAGCCUUCUCGAAAACCCCAACCCAGAAGGUGUUUCUGCGGUGGAAGUGCGCAGUGCACCGGUCCCCGGAGGAGGGCCCGGAGCACUCGUGCACAUGCCUGUUGGUGCCUGGACCGAACUGGCGAUGUGCCAGCCGUGCAGUCAACUGGUUUUGCGCAGCGUCGUCUACUCCAUCCGAGAGCGAAUCCAGAACGAGGAGCUUCCGGAGAGAGCAAGGGGACGCAGAAACUGCUGGUAUGGGCGCUCUUGCCGGACGCAAAGCCACAAGCGGGACCACGCCACGCGUUUGAAUCACAUCUGUGCUCAAACUCGUUUUCAUUGA